CUGCUGUUCUCUGUAAACAAGUUCAGUGCAACGCACACCAGGUCUCUGACAAUGCUUGUAGUACUGUAUAUAGCUGCAGUUAAUGCAUUAUUUUAAAGGACUGAAGCUAAUAUUUACCUGUUAAUUAAGAAUUUUGGAACCUGAGAAGAGGAAUUUGAGUGUCGUCAUGAAUCGAAGCAGUUCACAUAGCUCCUCAGAGCUGAGGAUUGUCCUUUUUGGUCCAAAAAAUGAUGAGAAACAUUCAGCAGGAAACACUAUCCUGGGCAAAAAUGAGUUUGACUUGAAGACUUUGCACAGUAUGAAAAUAUCCAGUGAAAUAGCUGGUACAAAGAUCACUGUGGUUGAUACUCCAGGCUGGUGGGGAAAUUUACCCUUCGAAGAAAAUCCUGAACUGUACAAACAGGAAAUUGUCCUGAGUGUGGCUAAAUGUCCUCCAGGACCUCAUGUCCUGCUCCUGGUUUUAAAUGUGGACACACAAUUUAAACAAAACGAAAAACACAUUCUGUGUGAUAACAUUAGAUGUUUUGGCGAGAAGGUAUGGAGGCACACAAUGGUGUUGUUCACCUGUACAGAUCAGCCUGGAGGUAUGACAACACAACAGUUUAUUGAGAAUGAAAAUGAAACCCUUCAGUGGCUCAUUGAGAAAUGUGGGAACAGAUAUCAUGAGCUCAAUACUAAAAACUGGGGUGAUGGAUCUCAGGUGACAGAACUGCUUAAGAAAAUACAGGAGAUGGUGGAAGGAAACAUGAUAAAUGAUAUCGGCCAUUAUGAAAUUGACAGAGAGACUUUGGAACAUGUGAAGGAGAAGAGGAGAGAACAGGAAAAGAGAGCAGAGGAAAGAAGGAUGAUGAAUCUGACAAGAACACGCGGAAAUAAACAUCCCCUCUCGGAGAUGAGGAUUGUGCUACUGGGUUAUAAUGGAUCUGGGAAAAGUUCAGCAGGAAACACCAUCCUGGGAAAAUCUGCAUUUGAUUGCAAAAGAUCACUUACAUCUGCAGUAGGAGAAGGAGAUGUUGCUGGAUUUCCCAUUACUGUGGUUGACACUCCAGGCCGAAGAAGAAAUUACCACUCAAAAUACACCCCUAAACUUUAUAAAGAUGAGGUUGUAUUGAGUUCAUCUCACUGUCCUCCAGGACCUCACGUCUUUCUCCUGGUCAUACGAGUGGAUGUUUCUUUCACUGAAGUGUACAAAAAGGCAGUAGAAGAACAUGUUGCCUAUCUUGGUCUAGAUGUCUGGGAUCACAUGAUUGUUCUUUUUACCUUUGGUGACUGGUUGAGAGACACAAGUAUUGAGCUGUUCAUUGAGAGUGAAGGAGAAGCUCUGCAGUCGAUAAUUGACAAAUGUGGGAACCGGUAUCAUGUCUUCAACAACAGGAACAAAGAUGAUGGUAAUCAAGUGACUGAGCUGUUUGAAAAGAUAAAAGAGAUGACAACAGGAAACAGACAAAGCUGUUUUAAGAUAAAAAAUACCAAUUUACAAGAAGUAAAAAACAGAAGGCUGCAAGUAGUUGAAAGAGCAAAACAAUUAAAGGCAGAAGUGCAAAAAAGAAAUGAACAGAGACAUUCAGCAUCAGGAGAACUUUUGGAAAUGAGGCUGGUGUUGUUCGGACCACACUAUUCUGGCAAGAGUUCAACAGGAAACACAAUUUUGGGAAGGAAAGCAUUUGACCGAAUAAUAGAAGAGAAUUUAAAAGAAAAUGGGGAAGUUGAAGGAAGGAAUCUCACUGUGGUUUACACACCAGGUUUUGAGAAAGAUUACCUUAUUGGAAAGAGACUUGAGGACAUUAAACUCAACAUCUUGAGAGCUGUAGCAGAACAGUCUUCAGGAAUACAUGCUUUCAUUGUAGUCCUAUGUGUUGAGUCUUCCUUUGCGGAGGAAGAGAAGAGCGCACUAGAGAAAAUCAUGGAGCCUCUCUUUGAAAGAAUCUGGAAUCACACGCUGGUUGUGUUCGCUGUUGGAGAUGAACUAGUAGACACUCCCAUAGAGUUAUUCAUUGCAAGUGAAGGUGACGCUCUCCAGUGGCUCAUUGAGAAAUGUGGGAACAGGUAUCAUGUUCUCAAUACUAAAAACUGGGGUGACGAAUCUCAGGUCACAGAACUGCUGGAGAAGAUUGAGGAGAUGGUGGCAGAAAACAGAGGAAGUCUUUAUGAAAUGGACAGAGAAACUUUAGAGAGAGUUGAAAGGACAGUUGCUGUACCCAUUAAAAGAGCACGGAGCAUGGAUAUUCCAGUAAAUAUUGCCGAAGGAUGCAGUCCUUCCUCGGGGAUCAGUUCAGCAUAUAUGUCCCACAGAUCGCAAGAAGCACCUGAAGAGAGGCAUUUCAAGUCAAGUUCAAAAAGGAGUUCUGGAGUGGAGUCUCUUGACUCUAUUCCUGAGUUUGAUUAGUUAUUUUUCCACUGUCGAUUCAGGGCCAACACCGUGCCAGGCCAAAAUCAAGUUGCGUUUCUGAUGUUGGUCCAGUAGCCCAGAAGCACUACCCUACAACCCAAUAGGUCUCUGAAUGUGUUUCAACUUGUCUAUCAGCGAACUGUGACCGAAUGUCAGUGAAAGUAAGGAUGCACACAAUUUGAAUGAUUAUUCAGUUCUGAAGAUAGAUCAUUUCAGUUCAUAUAGAUUUUUUUUUGUUGUUGUUUAAUUGUAGCAUGCCUCUCACCUUCUAGGUCGUUCGCUAAUUGCUUGGAAAUUUAGUUUUGACACCAUGCUUGGGAUUGAGAUUUUUCUUGUGCAUUUUUAAAAUAUGUUGUUUGUUUUAUUUGUUAAUACUUACACAAAUUUUCAGUAACAUGUAUUUUGUAUUUAAUGAAAAAUUAGAAAUAUUCUCAUUUUUUGAAUAUCAAUUUAAUUUGGUAUUGGAGCAUGUUGAUUCAUUUGAGUCUGGGAAUCAAUCUAUUGGGUGUUUUUUUUUUUUUUUGACUGUUGAAAGAUACCGUGUUCAUUAAACUAGCAGUUAAGUAAGGAAACAAUGGGUGCCACUGUCUGAUCGGUUAAAGUCCAAAAACUUAGGCGGCUGAGCUGACUUGUUGCCUUCUUGCUAUUCACUAUUCCAUACAUUACUCCACUAAUAUAGUCCACUUGAAGAAGUUAAUGAAAACGAGCGAGUGAAUUCGGACACUGAGUGCGCCGGAAGGGCUGCCGAUUUUGCAUAGUUUAUGCUUGCUGUUUAUAAUAAUAAUUUGAAACAGCAAACUGGAGGCUCCAGUAGUAUGAUAUUAUGCUGGACCAGCGUGCAAGCAUUAGAAAAUUGAUGGUUGAUAUGAUUCCGCUGUAGGCACCAUCUCCAA